CAAUGCACGGAGCAAGCCCCUCUGUCUGUAGUAACCUGACAGAUAUGUGCACCGAGAGAUGAUAUGGCAGAAUUUCGGGCAAAUGUUACAACGAGGCAAUAGGCCAGUCAGGAAAUUGGAGUAAAGCUGACACAUAAAGGCUUUGCUACCCAGCAGCUUUGCCAGCUUGUGUGUGUGUGUGUGUGUGUGAGAGAGAGAGAGAGUGUGUGUGUGAGUGUGUGUGUGCUCCAAGUGCCUAUGGCGGAGUUUGGGAAGGACGGAAGCCUUCCUCCAUUGAAUCUUGAGGAUACGGCCGUGCCCAGCGACGAGGCAGCUGGCAAGACGCAUUGCGAAGUGUCGGUCUUGAAUGGAGACUGUGGGAUAUCAGAAAAUAUGGUCGGCUCAGGAUCCGUCGUCGCACCUGGCAGCCAAGCCGGGGUGGAAACCGCCAACACCUCUGUCGGAGUGGAUGGCAAAAAUGAAAUACCACGCAGGAGCAGCAUUAUCAAGGAUGGCUCAAGACAGCGUAAAGAAAGAAAGAAGACUGUAUCAUUCAGCAGCAUGCCCACUGAGAAGAAAAUCAGCAGUGCAAGUGACUGCAUCAGUGCCAUGGUGGACGGCACUGAGCUGAAGAAAGUGAGGUCCAAUUCGCGCAUUUACCACCGCUACUUUCUGCUCGAUGCCGACAUGCAGUCUUUGAGAUGGGAACCCUCAAAGAAGGAAUCAGAAAAGGCCAAAAUUGAUGUAAAAUCCAUCAAAGAGGUUCGGACAGGGAAAAACACAGACACUUUUAGAACCAAUGGAACCUAUGAUCAGAUAUCAGAGGACUGUGCUUUCUCAGUCAUCUUUGGGGAGAACUAUGAGUCCCUGGACUUGGUGGCAAACACUGCAGAUGUAGCCAACAUAUGGGUAACAGGGCUGAGGUACCUGAUCUCCUAUGGGAAACACACGUUAAAUAUGAUAGAGAGCACUCAGAAUGACAUGCGCUCAUCGUGGCUAGGUGAACUUUUUGAUGAGGCAGACAGUAACAACAGCAAACAAAUAACAAUUUGUGCUGCUGUGCAGCUAGUCAAGAAGCUGAACCCAGGACUUAAAAAUGUGAAAAUAGAACUCAAGUUCAAGGAGCUUCACAAAGCUAAGGACAAAGCGGGUUCUGAUGUGACAAAAGACGAGUUCAUCGAGGUCUUUCAUGAUCUUUGCACCAGACCAGAAAUUUAUUUUCUCUUUGUUCAAUUCUCCAGCAACAAAGAAUUUCUGGAUACCAAGGACUUAAUGAUAUUUCUGGAGGCGGAGCAGGGUAUGGCACAAGUAAGUGAAGACACCAGCUUAGAGGUCAUUCAGAAAUAUGAACCGUCUAAAGAGGGCCAACUCAAGGGCUGGCUUUCUCUCGAUGGCUUCACCAACUAUCUUAUGUCACCAGAAUGCCACAUAUUUGACCCAGAACACAAAAGAGUAUGCCAAGACAUGAACCAGCCCUUGUCCCACUAUUACAUCAAUGCAUCCCACAAUACAUACCUGAUAGAGGAUCAGUUCAGAGGUCCCUCAGAUGUGACAGGGUAUAUCCGUGCUCUCAAGAUGGGCUGCCGCAGCGUAGAGCUGGAUGUGUGGGAUGGGCCUGAUAACGAACCUGUUAUUUACACUGGCCACACAAUGACGUCACAGAUAGUUUUCCGCAGCGUCAUUGAUGUCAUCAACAAGUACGCCUUUGUUGCAUCUGAGUUUCCACUGAUAGUGUGUUUAGAAAACCAUUGCUCCUUAAAGCAGCAGAGAGUCAUGUUUCAGCACCUGAAGAAGAUCCUCGGAGACAAAAUUCACCUAGAUAUUCCUAAACCUGAGGACUGCUACCUCCCCUCCCCCUCUGAGCUGAAGGGAAAGAUCCUGCUGAAGGGUAAGAAACUGAGCACGAACUGCACUGCUUCAGAAGGUGAGGUGACAGACGAGGACGAGGGGGCAGAGAUGUCUCAAAGGAUGAGCAUUGAGUCUGCGGAACAACAGACUAUCGCACCCAAGAAAUUCCAGCUGUCAAAGGACCUCUCUGACCUGGUGACCUUGUGUAAGUCUGUGGAGUUCAGAGACUUCCCAACGUCUUUCCAGAGUCAAAAGCACUGGGAGCUCUGCUCUUUCAACGAGGUCUUUGCCAGUCGCUGUGCCAGUGACUUCCCAGGCGACUUUGUUAACUAUAACAAGAAGUACCUGGCACGGGUUUACCCCAGCCCCAUGCGGAUUGACUCCAGCAACAUGAAUCCACAAGACUUCUGGAAGUGUGGUUGCCAGAUUGUAGCAAUGAACUACCAGACUCCAGGCCUGAUGAUGGAUCUAAACAUUGGCUGGUUCCGUCAGAAUGGGAACUGUGGCUAUGUGCUGCGUCCAGCCAUCAUGAGGGAGCAGGUUUCGUAUUUUAGUGCCAACACUAAAGAUUCAGUUCCUGGUGUUUCUCCACAACUCCUACACAUCAAGAUCAUCAGUGGACAAAACUUCCCCAAACCCAAAGGCUCAGGUGCCAAAGGAGACGUAGUAGACCCCUAUGUGUACGUGGAAAUACACGGCAUUCCCGCCGAUUGCGCCGAACAAAGGACUAAGACAGUCAACCAGAACGGGGAUAACCCUCUGUUUGAUGAGAGCUUUGAGUUUCAGAUAAAUCUCCCAGAGCUUGCAAUGGUGCGCUUUGUGGUGCUAGAUGACGACUACAUUGGGGAUGAAUUUAUUGGCCAGUAUACAAUCCCCUUUGAGUGUCUCCAACCGGGUUUCCGCCAUAUACCGCUACAGUCUCUGACAGGGGAAGUUCUGCCACACACCUUGCUGUUUGUUCACGUGGCCAUAACCAAUCGAAGAGGAGGCGGCAAGCCACACAAAAGGGGACUGUCUGUACGAAAGGGCAAGAGGAGUCGAGAGUAUGCCAGCAUGAGAGUGCUAUUGAUCAAGGCUGUGGAUGAUGUCUUCAAAACAGCCAUGCUGCCACUGAGAGAGGCGACGGACCUCAGAGAAAACAUGCAGAAUGCCAUAGUGUCCUUUAAAGAGCUGUGCGGCCUUUCAGCGGUGGCUAACCUGAAGCAGUGCAUCUUGGCCCUUUCCCCUCGACUGACCGGACCCGACAACAGCCCCAUUCUGGUUUUCAACCUCUCUGACCAGUACCCCAACUUGGAGCCCCAAAGCCUGCUGCCAGAGGUCCUAAAGAAAGUCGUCACCACCUAUGACAUGGUGAUCCAGACCAGCAAGACUCUCCUGGAGAACUCUGAGGGGGUGUAUGAGCGAAUUCUUCAAACACAGAAAGCAGCGAUGGAAUUUCACGAGAACCUCCACGACUUGGCCACGAAGGAGGGGUUGAAGGGCAGGAAGCUGCACAAGGCAGUGGAGAGCUUCACGUGGAACAUCACCAUACUGAAGGGCCAGGCAGACUUAUUGAAGCACGCCAGGAGUGAAGUCCAGGAGAACCUCAAGCAGAUCCACUAUGCUGUGCUCACCUGUAACCUGAGUAAAGGCGGAGCAGCGGGCAGCUCCUCCGGCUCCGAGUCCAAGAGCAGACGCAGCCUCGAGGCCAUUCCCGAGAAGGCCACUGCUGAGGAGGAGCUCACUGACGAGGACAACUAAAGACCCACAGUCCUGCUCCGGUACUCUCCUGGCGCCCACGUUCAGACCUCUACUCUGUUCCUGCCUCCUGAGCUCAAAACCCAAAGCUCCCUCUCUCUUUACUCUGGCAUCAUCGCUCUACACACACACACCAGUGUUUUUCCACAUUCCAUCAAGUACAUUCCUGUAUCCCAAGCACAGCUGUAACCUCUUAGAGACUUCUGCCUUGUAAUCAUCAAUAAAAUGCCACCACUACGCGAAGACACAAAUCCUACCCAAGUUCAGAUCACAGAAGGUCUCAGCUGAAGUUUUUGGAAAAUGACUGUCAUUAUUUCUAAGUCUUUAAAUGUCCAGGCGUUGUACUGAAGGCUGGAAAAGUGUGCAAGUGUCUUUGUAAACAUUUGCUGAGCAUCUGAUGCUGCCGAACCGUGACGGGUACCAGUUAUAUAAAUGCUGAAUCCGAGCAUCCAGCAAAAACAACCUUUGUGCUUAAAAGGAGAAGAAGUAACAAAAGCAGAAGUUUUCUGCCAAACAUAAAUCACCCUGAUAAUGUUUCCACUCAUAAAACUCAAAUCUCCUCAUCUGCACUACCAGAGGUUCACUGUCCUCCAUUCUUCUGUCUGACCCUGUUUCUCAUUUCCUGGGUGAGCUGGGAAGGUCUAGUGAACUACCAGCCACGUGACUCAUGAAGACAUUACUACUGUUCAGAAACGGUGCACUUCUACUCAGCGGAUAGGGGUGCUACCUGACGAGACAAAAGAGAAAAACAGCCCUUGGAUUGUUGUACGAGAUUUCUUAAAGCACAAUUUUCUGGAGCUAUGAAUGUAACAGGACAGAGGAAGCGAGCGGGACGAGAAGAAAACGGAAGAAGUCAACGAAGAAGAAAACGUAACGAGAGUAAAGAGUUGUUUACAAUACUGAACUUGUCCAUGUUCUUGUCUGCCAAAAUAGUAUAAUAUACUAUGUAUAUAUGGAAUUUCCUGUUACCUUUUUUCUGCAGAGUGCAUCAUUUUAUUAUUGUAUACUUGGAAAUAUGAGAUUUAUUUUAUAAAAGAUAUAUGAACAUGUCAGUGGAAAAACAAAAAUUUUAUUUGUCUGUAGAUAUCUGAUGAGGGUUUGUCACUGAAACGGACAGUUGCGACACGUCGAGACAGAAGGACAGAUAAGAGAAUGUAUUCAUACUGUUUGUUUGGUGCAAACAACAACAACAACAAAAACAGCGUCUCAAAAAUCACAACCAGCAACUGCAUGAGAAGGAACCACAACUGGAUGUUCAUAACAUGCACUCAAAAACAGUUUGGACGUUGACACAUUUUCAUAUUUUAGCAUUAGAUUUGGAAGUAUACGAGGCCUUUACUUUUAGGGCAUGGUCCUCCCAUUUCAGAGAGUUAAAAGAGCAUUAACUUUAUGUUGUAUUCUACCAAGUGUUUUUCCAAAAACUCAUUUCACUGUUACUUUAAAAAGUCUGCAGCCCAUAUAAAAGAGCCAGAUAUUUGAUGACUUUUUAUUUUUCCAUGUGUGCUCCCAACCAGCUCCACUGUAGUUUUAAAACACCCUGAUGAGAAAUCAGCUCUGGCUGGUUUGAAAACUCAUUGCUUUGUUUAUUUCUAAUCAUUUGUUUCCGUCGUCUUCCUGAGCAGAAUCAUUGAGUCCAUCUCUCAGGAAACGUUAUGCUGAAUGGCAGACUUUAAAUGGGAGGUCAUGCACAAAAACAAAGACUAUAUCUUCAUUUUAACUGUAAAAAGAUGUUUCCCUGUCCAAUAACUCACGGGCUUUUGUGUGUUUCAUCUUGCAGAAAUCAUCCACAUGCAGUGUUUUGAGAUUAUGUCUGAGGAACCACUGUGCAGGAUUAGCUCAUUACAGACAGACUGUCUGCCUGGCAAGUCCAAUGAGUCACAACAAGAAUUCAAACUCAGGUCUGGCAUGAUGGUUGAGAAGGAUAUGAACUUCAGAGUAAUAAUAGCUUCAUAACCAUUCCUGGUGACAGAGUAGUAUUUGAUCCACAAUUAGCCUGUGAUUUAAUUGUGCCUCAUUACUGCAAGCUAAAACCUACUGUAGCAAGUACAAAGCGAGAGGAGAGUUUUGUCCUUCAACACGCCUCUGGCUUGCUAUUCAUUUAAUAGUCCACAACAGUGUCUCCAAUUAAAAGGUCAUACUAGAAACAAUUCCCUUGCUUUCUAAUUAGUGGACAAAGGAUACUUGAACGGGACAAAUAUAUGACAAGUUUGCCAUCAGGGGCUGCAGGUACAGGUUAUCAAUUAAUCUGUUGAAUAGUUUCUCAAUUACAGUAAUCGCUUUGUCUACGAAACAUCAACAAAAAAAACAACAUUCAAAAGCACAAAGUGACACCUUCAACCCAAAAAUAUGAAAUUCACUAAAAUGCAAGACCAGGCAAAGCAUCAUGCUCUCACAUCUGAGAACCUUUAACCAUCAGAUUUUUUUUUUUUGCCAUUUUGCUCAAAAAACCACAGUGAUGAAUCAAUGAUAAAUACCAGUUUAUUGCAACUAGUGUUCACAGUCGUGUAUUGUAGCUGCUUAAGCUAAUGUUAACUUCAAUCCCUAGAGGAGAGACAGGCCCAAACCACAGAGUCCAGAUACAGAGAUUUUAAAGUGUUAAGAUUAGUUCAUGCUUAAAACAAUUUUACUGUGAGAUUCACCAGCUGUCUGUCCUUUCCACUCAACAGCACAACAGUUUCUUUAGAGAAACACUCUCUUUCUUUUCAGCCCUCUAAGUUCCAGAGUGGUGUGUCUCCAGAAAGCAGAGGACAAAUAAACCACAAAUCAGCUAGAGCUUCUUUUUUCUUGUUUGCAAGUUCACAGAAUUAAUGUUAUUUAACUAAAGCAAGUAAAUCUGCCACCGACAGUUUUCAUUAUAGCUGGUGAAAUAUACAGUCGCCAACUUAAGCUUUCACCUGUUUCAGCUUGUUGAGACACUGUUAUUUAUGAUAGUCAUAUCUAAAAUGGAGGCUUUUGUAAGUAGAAAAUUGCACUGUUUAAAACUGCUAUUUUGAUAAUAUAACAAUUAACUGUUCAGACUUAUAGAGAAGAUGUAAACUAACUUGUAAUUAAGAAAAAAAAAAAAGAUCACAGACAAAAACUCUGUCACAUCCUUAAAAAAAGUAAUUUGGCAUUAUUACACUAACAUCUUGCCUUUUUGUGGAUUUUUUGGGGCAUGUGCUUUACAUUAUUUUAGUCAAAAUAUUGAUUACCAGCAAUAAAUCAAUUAUUGGAGCUUUCCAAACAUGCAGGAAUUCUUAUUCUCCUGUCACCAGCUGGACUGUUAAAUGAAGCUCAAACAUUUUGUAAAAUGUUCGUCUGCAUCUCUUAUUCCCCCCUCCAGUGCUCACGAUGUUGUGCCCUCUGGUUUUAAAACCUGUCCACACCUCCUGCAGAUCACAUGACCAGUAACAAACAACCAACAUUGUCUUCAGUGCUGUGCCAGUUGAUGUAUUUAUAAUUGAAAAGAAGAUGAAAAAAAAAUAAGCAUUUCAACUGUAUCAUCUGUCACAUCUCCUUAUCUGUCAAGUCCAAGAGAAAAAAAAAAAAAAGAAAACAAUAAAACCUCUGAAUAAACAAUGUUGGAUAGAC